GCUGGUGCAAUCGCCUCGCCUGGAAGCGCAGGCUGGAGCCCUUGUGCGGCUUCUCCUCUUCGGAUGCCGGUUGGGGCGGCUUUUAAACAUUUGCAACCGUCCCCCUUAAUAGGAGGAGUCGUUGCAAUGAUUAGGCUUAUUUUCUGAUCGGGCAAGCUCAAGGAUAGCCUUUGGGGGGGGGGGCAGAUUUAACUCUGCCCCCUUGCAAGUUGGCGGCAGCUGGAGAGGGGAAGAAAGUCUGCAAGCCAAGCGAAUUGCAGCAUGCACUUGUAACCUGAUGGGGAGGUCUUGAGCCGGCUUCUCCCUGGGGCGCUGGAUCCAUUAUUUUUAGCGGGGGGACGACUGAUUUUUGUUUCUGCAAUUUCGGGGGGGAAAGAAGCAUGCAUCGCUUUUCCGGGCUUGCCAAAGAAGCCUCGGCUCUCCCGGGCUGCAGGAGCGAAAGGAAAGAGCCGGCCGUGCGCUUUUUAGCUUCGCUGGUGGCUGGUCCCCAGCAGCCGCAGCAGCAGAAGGGGCGACCCCCGCGGCCCCCUCGUCUCCUGCCGGGCCAGGAGGGGCGGGUGCGCUGGAGCAGCGCGGUGAAGGCCUCUGCCGUGAAGAUCCAGGAGAAACCGACCCGCGAGAAGAUCCUCACGUUGGAGUCCAUGAACCCGCAGGUGAAGGCGGUGGAGUACGCCGUGCGGGGCCCCAUCGUGAUGAAGGCGGGCGAGAUCGAGAAGGAGCUGCGCAAGGGAAUCAAAAAGCCAUUCACGGAGGUCAUCAAGGCCAACAUUGGAGAUGCCCAUGCAAUGGGACAGCAGCCAAUCACCUUUCUUCGUCAGGUGGUGGCACUUUGCACGUACCCGAACCUGCUGGACAGCCCGAGCUUCCCCGAGGACUCGAAGGAAAGAGCAAGACGGAUCUUGCAAGGGUGUGGCGGGAACAGCUUAGGGUCUUACAGCGCCAGCCAAGGCGUCAACUGCAUCAGAGAGGACGUCGCGGCUUACAUCGAACGACGCGACGGAGGUGUUCCGGCCGAUCCAGAUAACAUAUACCUCACAACAGGAGCUAGCGACGGCAUUGCGACUAUUCUAAAGAUCCUCGUCUCAGGAGGAGGGAAAUCCCGAACCGGAGUGAUGAUUCCGAUCCCCCAGUAUCCCUUGUAUUCAGCGGUCAUUUCAGAGUUGGACGCCGUUCAGGUGAACUACUACCUUGACGAAGCGAACUGCUGGGCCCUCAAUGUGAAUGAGCUCCGUCGUUCUUUGGAAGAGGCCAAAGCUUACUGCAAUCCAAAAGUGCUCUGCAUCAUCAAUCCAGGGAACCCCACAGGUCAGGUUCAGAGCAGAAAAUGCAUCGAAGACGUGAUACACUUUGCUUGGGAAGAGAAGCUCUUUCUUUUGGCCGACGAGGUCUAUCAAGAUAACGUUUACUCGAAGAGCUGUCAGUUCAGUUCUUUCAAAAAGGUUCUUUACGAGAUGGGACCAGAUUACUACAAUAACGUGGAGCUCGCUUCCUUUCACUCUACCUCCAAGGGAUACAUGGGCGAGUGUGGCUACAGAGGAGGGUACAUGGAAGUGAUCAACUUGCAUCCAGAGAUCAAAGGGCAGCUUGUCAAGCUCCUGUCAGUCCGCUUGUGUCCGCCUGUCUCAGGUCAAGCCGCCAUGGACAUAGUAGUGAAUCCUCCGGUACCUGGAGAGGAAUCUUACACACAGUUCAUCAAGGAAAAGGAAUCUGUCUUGAACAACCUGGCAAGGAAAGCCAAACUCGCUGAAGACAUGUUUAAUCAAGUACCGGGCAUCCACUGCAAUCCGCUUCAGGGAGCAAUGUAUGCUUUCCCACGUAUCUUUAUCCCUGCCAAAGCCAUCGAGACUGCAAAGGUUCACAAAAUGGCUCCUGACAUGUUCUACUGUAUGAAACUUCUGGAAGAAACGGGGAUCUGUGUUGUUCCUGGCAGCGGGUUUGGCCAAAGAGAAGGAACGUAUCACUUCAGGAUGACGAUUCUCCCGCCUGUCGAGAAGCUAAAGAUCCUGCUGGAGAAAGUGAAAACUUUUCAUAUAAAGUUCCUUGAAGAAUAUUCUUAAGCAAAACAAAGCCUUGGGGGUUUUCCCCCCCGGAAUGAACUUGGAAAAUAAAACUAAGCUGUGAUUGGGGUGGGGAGGGGGGUAUGCUUUUUGUCUCCUUAAAUCCAAUCCUUAAUAUAGUAGCUAGAGCCCAGGUAUGAAAUCUGAGUACAUUGUGGCAUAUAUAUGUGUUAACAUCAUGAAAAAAAAGAUGCAAGUAAGAACAGGAAAGUAAAAGAACUCAAGAUUUUUGUGCCUUCAUGAGAAAUUAUAUGGUUGGUUUCUGUGGCUGGAAUGGCCAAACAAGGUAAACAGGGAUGCUAUAUAAUAUAAACACCUUUCUAUACUAAAAAAAAAGCAACCUUACCUUCUACACAGAAACAACAAGCCAAUAACUGGGCUGAAAUAUUACUUGCAUGAUCUUGUAGGUUAUUACUUGAGAGAGUCUGGGCUGGAGGUUCUUGGUGGAUCAGGCUCGAUAUGAUUCUGUUAAGCCUCCUGAUUUGAGCAUUAGCAGCAAAAAAAUAAAUGUGUGUUGAUUUUUAUGUGUGUUGGGGGGGGGGGGGGUUCAAGAAGUUGCCAAAAUUAUGCUCUGUCUGGCUUUUGAUUUUUGCCUUUCAAACGUGGGCUAGGUUGUUUCAGCAUGAGGAUAGUAAUAUCCAGAGUCUUUGCAUGGAAAUGAAUAAUACCAGUUCGUCUGCUUCGUGAGCACGAGGAAAGAAAUUAAGGGCUUCAAAGUACGAGAACAAAGAUAAUCAGAUUGGUGCUGGUUUGUUGAAUUUGGCUCUGUGUACCUUUGGGAAGUCACAGCGUAAAUGAGUCAUACAAGGGACAACACUGUCACUUGGAAUCAGUUCCUGUCUAAUGGAAAAUAUAAAAUGCCGACAUUAGAUUUACAUUGACUGCAUACCAAACACUGGUGCUAGGAGAAAGACAUCAAACUGCUCACGAAUAAGUCCCAGGGUUAAAUUAUCAUAGCUAGUUGAAAGAUGGCCAACUUUCCAAACAAAAAUAUAUUAUUGUCUCUCUAUAUAGCCUCCCUAGCAAGUCUGUAGUUUCCAACCAAAAUGGCCCCCAGACUGGUUGCUUAGCAAAAAAAGUUAUCUCCUUAAAUCCAAUCCCUAAUACAGUUGCCAGAGCCCUGUUGUUACCUCUUGAUGCUUCUCCCUCUGGAAAGGAUAUAGGAUUGAUGAUGGGAACACCCAAACUGAACUGUGUAACAAGGACACCAAUCUGAAGGAUUUGGCUGUUCAAAAUUGUUAAGCUUCAAUCUCUCCAAGGUGCAUUCUCCAAUGACAUCUAAUAGGUUGUCAUGGCAAAUAGGCCUUGAGCACUGCUAACCAGAGUGGGUUUUGCUACCUGCCAGAGUGGGUUUUGUGUCCUGUAGUUGGGGUUGACUUUAUGAUAUGAUGAAACUACUGUGUUCAUUGGUGUAUCACAGCUUGUACAUCUUCUUAGCAUCGUAUUUGUAACCCUUCUUGGUACCACUCAAAUUCUCAUACAAGCAAAUAGUUCCACCAGUCCUUCAGUUAGAAAUUACUGGCAAUUGUCCUGACUUGGCUGUAGACCUGUGUGAACUUCCAAAAAGCCAACCACCAAAUCUGGCGAGGGGCAUUGGCAAACACAGCCACCCAGAUCAGACUUCAUAGUUUCGAUAAAGCGCGUUAUUGUAUCAGGACCAAGAACUGAAGACUCGAAUACCGAUGACAGACGUCAGAGGCAAGAAGUGUAAGAGAGUACAAAGAUGUGUUGAACUGCAGCAAAAUAAGAGAGUCUUCUGCCUCAAAGGCCGAGACAACCAAUGUAAGCAAGGCACUAUAUUUUAUAGCAGUUUACUAAGUAGUAGGUGAGCAUCAAUACAUCUGUAUUGAUGUCAUGAGGUCACAUCUCACUACAUGGGCUCAUAGGGUUAGCCCUAACAUUGAACAUCAAAAAACACAGGGAUGCCUGUUCUGAAAGGGAUUGGCAUUUUACAAGUAGGGGAGGCAAUUAUAUAGUACCGAAGGCCAUAAAACAACAAGCAGUUGGCAUUGUUUUGUCGUAGACGAGAGAUGUCGCAGUUUCAGCUUGUUAACUUUCCAGCCUUCAUCCUGCUCACACCUCAUGAGGAGAGGAAAAGUGUGAUCUCCUUGGGUGCCCAACAUUCUUCAUUUUGACUGUGUUGUAAGCAUUAAGUAACUCUGGAGCAGGUGAAAGGCUGCACCUUGUCAAGGUUGGGAUAUUUCAGUGAGACUUCUCAAAAGGAUUGCACUUCUUUCCUGAAACCUGGCUUUGCUCGGGAGGGACUAACAUGCCAAAACCUGGAGGUAUCGCCAAAUCCUGUGCUCGAAAAGUGGCAAUUAGGAUAUUAUUUUUAUAUUUUUGUAAGUAGAGAUUUUUUCAUUAGGGGUUGGGGGGGGGGUAGAAUUUGUCUAACGUUUUAUAUUCCCUUUGUGUUUACACCCAACGUUCCUGAAAACAAUGCAAGAGUUUACAUGUUUCUAAUUAAUGUUUUUGUGGGUGUUUUAAAAGGGGUUUUUUUUUUCUCUACUGUCUUAAAAAUAAGACCCAUUAAAAUUCGAAGGUCAGGAACAUUGUCCUGUCUUCGGUUGCAUUUUGUAAACAAUCGAUUAUGGUGCCUUUCUUGAUUUCUGGAACUGCAAAGGAGAAUGUACGAUGUGGGGGGUAGCUCUGUAUUUCUUUGAAAACGGUGUGGUCGUGUUAUUGUUGAUUUGAUGACAUUUGUAUAUACUUCAGUGAGCUCGUGUUUAAAUUCUGAUGUGCUUGAACGGAGGCCACUAUCCUCAUGAACCUGUUCUGCAGUUCACCUGGCUAGACGCUUCCGCCGGCUGACCAGUUUUGAGGAUUGCACCCCAAGAAACUGAGGAAGUUCAAACACUGAUUUUUGUCUUUAUUACGUUUUCUGUUCAUAUGUUUGAGUAAUAAUUGCUGUUGUGAUGCGGGCUUGUAGGUACGAAUAUCCUACACUCAUACUGUAUUCUGAUGACUUUUUAAAAUGUUAUCUGCAAAAUAAAUAAGACCCAUUAAGAACA